AUGAGUGCACAAGGAGGAGAAUCCGUAGAAGGAUACACCCUAGAAAACAUCGAACUGGAAUACGAGUCCAUCGACAACAUCGAUCUCGCAAGAAAGGCUGAAAACCUAUACGGAUCCGAACGAGAGCUAUCCUUCGAACAUACCACCCUGAUGAAGAAAUCCGAAUGGGACAAAGACUCUACCAUCAUCAAUGAGACAAUCAAUAUACCACAUAGGAGCAUGAAAGCCAUCGUUAUGUUAUUCACAAACAAGAUGAAAACCGAUAGUGAGGAAUAUGUAUACCCUAAUAUCGAAAAGGUUAAGGUAACCGUGGAAGGUGUUCCCAAUGCAGUUUAUAGCCAAGGUAUCCCGAAAACAAGGCUAUACGAGGAAGCAAGGCGACUGUUCGGUACUGGUGAUAUCAGCCACCAGACACUAACCAACUUCUUCAAAGACAAAAAGUUCGCCUUGGUCAUCGAUCUCAGAACCGUAAACGACGUCAACACAUACGGAAACGGUGCUAAAAUCCAAAACACCCAGUCCGGAAUACUGGUGAAAAUCACAAAGAAAGCUACAACUGCAAACGUUGUAUGCUAUAUGUUCGUCCUUUCCGAUGGUGUUAUUAGAAUCACAAAUGGUCAAAUAGCUGGAGUAAAGUACUAA